AUGAACUCUUAUGCUGGAGUGUUAAAGGGUAAUAGACAUAAGGGCAAGAUUGAUGUUAGAUUCAUUCCAGGGGAGAAAGGGGAAGAGGAUGGACCUGUAAUAAUUCCAUUAGAAAAUCUAAAGAAUGCAAGUAUUCCUUUUACUAAUACUCUUUAUGGCUAUAUGAUUGACAAGAAGUUGGCGUUUCCUGUAAUUCAGAAAGAAGUAAGAAGUUUGUGGAAGAAUAUGGGUUUGGAAGAGGUAUUCAUGAACAGCAAAGGUUUUUUCUUCUUUAAAUUCAGUGAUGAAAAGGGGAUGUUAUCUGUUUUGGAGGGUAGUCCUUGGUUAAUGUUUAAUAAUAUGCCUUUAUUUCUUCAACGAUGGAGGCCUGGUUUGACAUUAACUAAGAACAAGCAUGAUAAAAUUCCUGUUUGGAUUAAAAUAUUUGAUUUGCCCUUGGAAGUUUGGAGUGGUGAAAACUUAUGUAGAAUUGCUAGUAAGAUAGGUAUUCCUUUGGCUUUUGAUUCCUUUACUGAGGAUAUGUGUUUAGAACAUAAAGGAAGGAAUGCUUAUGCUAGAAUUCUUGUUGAAAUAGCAGCUGGGAAGGAAUGGAGAAAGAAGAUUGAUAUAGCUACUUGGGAUUUUGUCUCUAAUUCUGCUGUGAUUCAAAGUUUUGAUGUUGAAUAUGCUUGGAUUCCUUCUAGAUGUAAUCAUUGUAAGGUCUAUGGGCAUGUUGAUAAAGUUUGUGCUGCUGCUAUGAAUGUUGUGAAGGAGGAUAAUAAUGGAGAAGUGAGAAAUUUAAAGAAUAAUAAAGGGAAGGAAGUUGUUAAUGGGGAUGGUUUCACAGAAGUUAAAUAUAAAAAGGUAAUGGGUAACAUUGAUGGUGAAGGCACUAGCAAAUCUCAAGUGGGCUAUUAUCAAACGAAUAAUAUGAAGAAUAAUGGAAAGAAUGGGAAUUGGAGAAGGAGUAUUUUCGCUAAAGGCAAUAAUGGGAACAGAGGUGGAAAUGGUAAAGGGCAAAAUUGGAAUUGGAGUAAUAAAGGAGUAAGUCACUGGAAUCUAGAAAAGAAUAGAAAUUAUGAGAAGUUUGUUAUUGGGCAGGAUGAUAUAGGAAAUCGGGGGUUGAAGGAGAAUAAUAAACAGCAGGUUGCAGUGAAUAAGGAUAACAAUGUAGAGAAGGGCAUUUUUAGUAUUGGUAGUGAGAAUAUAACAGGGGAGGGACUAAGUAAUAAAAACAGUUUUGAAAUCUUGGGAGAGAUCGAAGAGGAAGUAUUGGAUAAAAUGGAAGAGGAUGAUAAGAUUGUGAAGACUGUUGCUAAUCAAAAUGUUGAUAGUGGUGAAGCUGAAAUGGAUUCUAAUGAAAGCAAGAAUAACAAAUUGAUUUCUUCAAUCAAGGGAGUGGGGAAGAAGAAAGGAAGUGAAAGUAAUAAAGUGAAUAAAGAUAAGAUGGAGGCGGAUAAUAAUAGCAGUAAGUUGGGGAGUUCUCAGGCAUUUGAGGAGGUAAAUGCCAAAAAUUCUAUUUUUUCCCAAUGA